GGAGUGAAAUCCCCAGUCUUUGACUCCAGGCUCCUGGCUAAGGAGACAGAAAAGGCUGCAACAUGGUUAGUAAAACGCCAAAAUACAUUCCUACAUACAUAUAUAAGACAUCAGAUGUGUGUUGUCUGCAAUCACAUGUUUUUGAUGUUUAUGAAAAUCCUUGGAUGAAGAUGGAUUCUGUCCGGCUACUCGGCUACUGUUCACCGGGUCUAUCAAACGUGGCCUAAUGGCCGCCUUCAUGAUUUAAUGUUUCCUGUAGCGCUGUAGAGAUCUUCCUAGCUAUGUGUUACUUUGCUUGAUGUGUGGAUAUUGUCUAUCUUGUCCCGUGAUGUGAGUCGCUAAUAAACAUGUUUGCAGUGUUGCCAAACACUAAAAGUAGCAAAGGUAAGGCUGGCUAACAGGCUAGCUAGCUGUUUCUAACACUAUCAGCGAUGACAGGCCCAAUACUCAGUGCAACAGAAUGUCUGAUAGCUUUAGCCGCAUAAAAUAAACGUUUAAUUGCAGCAUGUGUAAUGUUAGGGAUACGUUUUGUGUGUUGACAGGUAGCUGGAUAGUUGUAGUUACUGACACAUGCAAACUACAUUACUGUCUUCUCUCAUAGGGUUUCGUGAAAGUGGUGAAGAAUAAGGCCUACUUCAAGAGGUACCAGGUCAAAUUCAGGAGGAGGAGAGGUAAAAUGUCUAAGAUUUGUUUUAGGACUUAAGAAUCAAGUAGAAAGUCUAAACUUGAAAAUGCCAUGACUGUCUGGAUCUUUCAUUUCACACUAAAGACCCUAUUCAUUCCACUGAUGCACCUCCACCUGACUGACUUGGGUAUCCUUGUUGUGCUUAGAGGGAAAGACCGACUACUUCGCCCGUAAGCGCCUGGUCAUCCAAGAUAAGAACAAGUACAACACACCCAAGUACAGGAUGAUCGUCCGCUUCUCCAACCGGGAUAUUGUCUGCCAGGUAAGAUGUGUUUCACAUGAGAAAAUGCAGCUGGAAUCACCACAAUGGACACAGAACUUAUGGCCACAUACUCAUUCUCCAAUCCCAGAUACAUAGCUAAUCAUUUAGCAGAAGGUUUUAGCCAAAGCAUUUUAUGAUUGAGAGUAACACUUAUUCAUCAGUAGCACACGAUUGGCAGUUACACAUGUGGCUCAUGUUAGUCAAACCCACAACUCUGUUGCCACCUGAGCACCAUGCUCUAGUCCAGUUGGAACUGCAUUCUCACCUUCAGCUAUAUUUUCCCUAUCAUUCUCACAUGUCCCAUGUGGUAACAAUGAUCAAGGAGGUAAUGGGAAAUGUCCCAUUCCAUGAGGGAUUGACUGAUUACCAAAGAUCAGGGCCACACGAUUAUGCCUUGAAUGUUGUAGCCUAUAUUGUCAUAUUUUAUCAUGUGUUGCAUGCUUGUGUAUUUGCUCUAGAUUGCCUAUGCCAAGAUCGAGGGGGACAUGAUCGUGUGCGCCGCCUACUCCCACGAGCUGCCCAAGUACGGGAUCGCCGUGGGUCUGACGAACUACGCAGCAGCCUACUGCACUGGUCUGCUGCUAGCCCGCAGGGUAAGAUCAGUUCUCAUACACCCCCCACUCUUACCUGAUGGCUACUACUUUAGUUUUAGUCAGUUUUCAGGACUGGGUCUUAGUAGUUCAUGGCUAUUCUAUGUUUCUGCCCUGUUAGAGAAAUGCUGGAUUUUCUCAAACACUUUUUAAAUACCAUUUCCUUUCCUCAAGCCUUAUUUAGUCUUCAAUGCCUUGAAAUAUGAUGGAUGCUAUAUGGAUAGUUGGUGCUGAAAUUGCUAAGCUAUUGACAGAACUCUGGGUCAUGUUCUCGAUUGCACAAAAUUGUUGUGUAUUAUAGCGAUGCCAUGACAUCCUGUUCAACAUGAGAGAAAGAAACAUGUCUGUUCUAUAUCUGAAUUGUCAAACAAUCCUAUUGAAUGUGACCCUGCUUUGCUCAUUGUGAAGAAUUGGCAAUUGGUCAGCCAAAAGGCUGUCUGUCAGUUUAGUUUGCUCCACUUGUUUAGCUUGUUUAAUGUGUUGCUUCAGAAUCAGCCUUUGUAUUUACUUUGAUGUGGUCUGUCAGUGCAGCAGAUUUGAUUGAAAUGGAUUCAUGGCAGCAGCAUGGGUGAGUGCCUCGCUGCUUUAGCCACGUCCUGUGUUUCUUUCUUCCUGAGCGAGAACUCUACCAAUGUAGUCAGCUUGGCUUAACACUACAACAGAUUUCUCUAAUCCCUUUUUUGUCUUUCCCCUCCAGCUGCUGAACAAGUUUGGCAUGGACAAGGUGUACGAGGGUCAGGUGGAGGUGACCGGAGAUGAGUUCAACGUGGAGAGUAUCGACGGUCAGCCAGGUGCAUUCACCUGCUACCUAGACGCAGGGCUCGCUAGAACCAGCACUGGGAACAAGGUGUUCGGAGCCCUGAAGGGGGCUGUGGAUGGAGGCCUGUCCAUCCCUCACAGGUAAUUACGCUUUUCUGUGCGUUGGGAACACAUUUCUGUAGCCAGGGGCCGUGUGUCUCGGGAGUCAGUGCCGAUUGUAGGAUCAGCUCCCCCCGUCCACAAUCUUAUUCAUUGUGAUGUAAAAGGCAAAACUGAUCCUAGAUCAGUGUUCUUACUCUUGAGGCACUUGAUGCAUAUGGCCCUAGGUCCAGAUUGGUUUGUGCCAUUUUCUAUACAUCACAAACAGAUCUGCGACCAGGCUUGUAUUUCUGAAGUUGUCAAGAUCUAUAUUUUGUUUGACACACUCGAGGCUGAGCAAAUUGUAGUUGGUCCUUCAUUUGCCCAGGUUGAUGUAACAUGUCCUGUUUCAAGACGUUGCUGAGAGCAAUAUGAUUCAUUCGUUUACCAUCAAAAUGUAUUAUAUCCAUAGAGAUCACUCUAGUGCCCAAAAGCCUGUAUUAGCAUGGGUAGCGCCAUUGAGGGCUUUUGUAGUAGUCAACUGGGUGGGACUUCAUAUGGGUUAAGGAAGGAUCACGUAAUUCCAUAACCAGGAGGGAUCAGCCAAUGAAUUAUACUUGUGAGGAAACAUUCUAUAACUGCAGGUAGCAGUAAAUUGCCAACCAUGGCUUUAUACCUGUUCAAACAACGUAUUCUAGGUGGCAGUGUGCACCCUUUCAGUUUGUUUGCCAACUCAUAGAAGUAGUAAAAGGAAAAUUGACUACUUCAAAAUGGAGAUGGCCUCAAUGACGCUGCCCAUGCUCCGACGCCAUAAUGGGAAAGAUGCAAUGAUGCCGAAGUCUAUGGUUAUAUCCUUGGUAUUCUGCAAGAAAUCAUUUUAUAUGGCCUUAGUGGAACUAUUGGGCCUUAGUGCCUAUAAUCUUCAGGAAAAGUCAAUAAGCGCUUUUGAAUGAGCCUGGUUGUUCAGUAGCCUCUUUCAGUCUGACAGUGUCGUUUAUCCCCUCUUCCCCCUCAGCACCAAGCGCUUCCCUGGGUAUGACGCUGAGAGCAAAGAGUUUAAUCCAGAGGUCCACCGCAAGCACAUCAUGGGCGUCAACGUGUCGGAGUACAUGAGCUACCUGAUGGAGGAGGAUGAGGAUGCAUACAAGAAGCAGUUCUCCCGCUUCAUCAAGAAUGGUGUUGCCCCCGACAAGGCAAGUUCAAAGUUCACCCUGAACCCACUGUGAUGUUGUAUGGGGCGAUUCCUGCCAAUACCUGACACUCUUAGUUCCCUUACACCAGUGUUUCUGAACUCCAGUACCCCCGACAGCACACAUUUUUGUUUUAGCAACCGGACAAACUCUCCUGAUUUAACUGAGGGCUUGAAGAAUAGUUGACAAGUUGAAUCAGGUGUGCUUGUCUGGGGCUGCAACAAAAAUGUGUGCUGUUGGCGGUACUUGAGGAUUGGAGUUGGGAAACACUGCCUUACACCACUGCUGGAUGGUUACACAUCUUAAUUAUCUGCACCCGGUUUUCACUGAACCUGAGCUGGUAUUGAUAGCUACUACUGUUCUGUUAAAUUUGUAUGCAUCAUGUUUGUAAGCGUACUGGGGGGGAUCAUAUUAGCUUCUCACACCAAUACAUUCUGAAGGGAAUGUUAUGCUGAAUCCCAAACCAGUCCCUUCCACUCAGCCUUCCAUUUGCGCAUUUAUGGGGACCUCUGCCAUAUGCAAAAGUGUCCCAAAGCGAAGGGAGUGAAAAUUGUGUGUACGGGCCAACAUGAGCCUCCGCUAGACUUCAACCAAGCCAGCAAGGCUGCUGGCUCCAGAGCAAAGUGCUAUGCCAACACGCACUGCGAUAUGUUUGGAGAUUGUGCAAUUUCACGCGAAAGAAGGAGGCGUGCCUAAUUAUGUCACAUGCAUGUUUGUCCUUUUUCGAGGAAAUUCCUCCAAAAUAAAAUGUUUACUGUUAGAGGUUUAUAUCUUGUAAAAAGACAGGAGGAAUUUGUUAAUUUGAAUCUAAUGCUUGUUUUAUUAUUUAAAUGUGGAACAUGAAUUGCAUCAUUCAAGUCAGGUGUGUCCGGACGGGGCGGCAGGUAGCUUAGUGGUUAAGAGCGUUGUGCCAGUAACCGAAAGGUCGCUGGUUCUAAUCCCCGAGCCAACUAGGUGAAAAAUCUGUCUGUGCCCUUAAGCAAGGCACUUAACCCUAAUUGCUCCUGUAAGUCGCUCUGGAUAAGAGCGUCUGCUAAAUAACUUAAAUGUAAAAUGUAAUGUCCUGAAGUAAAUGGGUUCAUUUAAUCCUCUCGUCACUUUGGACGAAUCCCACACGUGACAACAGAGGGCCCUCUUAGCUUGAUGGUAGGGGUGAGGCCCUCGUUUGAGAUUCAGCGUUUACUUCAACUGUCACCAUAUUGCUUCCACCUAUCCACUGCUCUCUGAUCUGCAGGAGUGGUUAGGGGUCGAUUUGGAUUUCAGCGUACGUCUGUGUAGGAGCUGUGUGCUGCUUGAUGAUGAUACACUUGAGGCUGAGCAAAUUGUAGUUGGUCCUUCAUUUGCCCAAGUUGAUGUAAUCAACGUUUCAAGACGGGGCUGAGAGCAGCACACAGCUUGUCAUACAUGUGCUAGAAAGGAGAUUCAACCGAAAAUACAAAAUGUCAUCAACUCACUCCUAUCAAUUGGAUGUCUUAAAAAAAUGGAGUGGGGGGGUGUUAAUGUGUAGAGUAGAAACUAUACUGAAUCAGUUUGAAUCAAGCUUGCGUGGUUCAGUAGUAAAGAGGGGAAGUAGAUUUUUGGCUAUCCAGUAGGCGCCUGUACAGUUGCGUGAGCGUGUGUAUUUGAUUGCUGGAAAUUUAUUUUAUGUACCCACAUUAUACUAAUUUGUUUGCCACACUUGUCCUGCAGGUUGAGGAGAUGUACAAAAAGGCCCACGCUGCGAUUCGUGAGAACCCAGUCCAUGAAAAGAAACCCAAGAAAGAAGUCAAGAAGAAGAGGUGAGUUGAUGAGCAGUUUUGGCAAUUUUAUAUGGGAAAGCAGUGCUACUGCAUUGUUGGUUUUCAUGUUAUGAAUCUAUAACCUGAUAGUAAACUUGCCUAGAUGAUUAUGACCCUAGUUGGUGUCAAUUCUAUUUCAAUUUGGAAGUAAACAGAAAUUCAGUUUCCAAUCUACCUUUACUUUAACAUGACACAUUGUUUACUUACUGAAUUGAAAUCGAAGUAACCCCAAGUCCUCAACCCUACCCCUGACAUGGUAGUCAGCAUUUUAAAGCAGUUUGCUGACAUGAAAGCCCCCCCCUGUUCACUGACACUGUAAAAAUGCAUUGUUAAAUGUAAUUCUGAAAUCAAUCCUCCCUGUUUGCUCACCAGGUGGAACCGUGCCAAGCUCUCUCUGGCCCAGAGGAAAGACCGCGUUGCCCAGAAGAAGGCCAGCUUCCUCAGAGCUCAGGAACAGGAGGCUGCCGACAGC